AUGAAGUGUAAAGACUACACCGCCUUCAAGAAAUGGUACGACGAGGAGGCGCGGCAGCAAAAGAAACGUUGGAUAUUUGAGAAAGAGUACUGCGUUAACGAUUGCCGUAUUCUUCGAGAAGCCUGUCAGCGUUUCUGCACUAGCAUGGCUGCUCUAUCUGGCGGUUACAAUCCGCUCGGCCAUUCCGUUUCCUUACCGAGCUUCGCCAAUACCGUGUUUCGAGCGCGCUUCAUGCCCGCUGACAGUAUUCAAUUUUUCACCUACCGUGACCUUCACCCUCAUCGAUCCUACCCUUUUGAAAGCCUGGAAUGGUUGCAUUAUGUGGCAAAGUCAGAAAAGAAGUCGAUACGACACGGCCGCAACCACCCAGAAGGGGAAAAGCAGAUUGGGCGCUUCUUUGUGGAUGGAUUUGAUGAAGUGAAUAAUGAAGUAUUUGAGUAUCACGGGUGCUAUUUUCAUGGUUGCCCAGCAUGCUACACUAAGGAUGCCAAAACAUAUGGCGGCCAAUCGAUGGCGCAGCUGUUUCAUUCAACCAUGCAUAAGCAGAAAUAUUUAGAAUCUCGUGGAUUAGUUUACCGUUCCAUCUGGAGCUAUCAAUGGCUCCAGUAUAAGCGACAGCAUCAGCAGGCGUUCCAGCAGGCGCUCGGCGAUUUUAGCCAUGUCCCUCCGAUGAACAUCAGAGAUGCACUUUUCGGCGGGCGGACAGAAGCUUUUCGAUUGUUAGCUAUGCCUGACUCAUCGAAGGGUGAAUAUAUAUCAUAUUUGGACAAAAACUGCCUAUAUCCCGCUGUGUGCAAACAGAAGUGUUACCCGCUGGGUAUUCCUGAAAAGAUCCUUUGGCACUUUAAGCCAAUAGAUGAAUAUUUUGGGAUCGCGCAUGUUCGCGUUUUGCCACCCGCAAGUUUGCCGCUGCCUGUUUUGUUACAACGGAUCAAUCAUAAAUGCGUGUUUACGCUUUGUUGGCGCUGCGCUGAGCAAAACAAUCAGGAAGCAGUAUGCUGGCACACCGACGAACAGAGAUGCUUCAAUGGAGUGUAUAUGAUACCCGAGUUAGCGCUGGCGCUGUCUAUGGGCUACACUCUGAUUAAAGUCCAUGAGAUAUGGCAUUAUGCCCGCCAAGGCGAUCUGUACUCUCAUUACAUCAGUACAUUCAUGACUGAAAAAGCGGCGGCCAGCGGGUAUCCCGCCAACUGCGUCAGUGACGAAGACAAAAGAAAUUAUUUGCAGCUGCUGUACGAUCGCGAUGGCGUUGUGGUCGAUCCGGGCCGAGUUGAAAACAAUCUAACAAAGCGUUUGCUUUCUAAGCUGAUGCUUAACACAUUCUGGGGAAGGCUGGCAAUCAAAGAAAACAAAUCGCGCUUUGAGUACGUUAAAGAUACCAAGCGUUUCAAUGACCUUUUCUAUUCCGGCAAUACAAUGUCUCCUAUGUGGAUAUUGUAA